CAACUCCGAUUGAAUCCCACGCUUGACUAUCUCACGCGUAUUGGGUGACAGAUAGAUGGCAUUGCUUUGGAGUGCUGGCCUGGCUGCCGUGCCGUGACGAUAGACGGCAUCCUUAGAAUCUCAGCCUGAAGUCGCGCAGGCAGUGCGAGCCGUCUCAGAGUCUACGACUCCAGUUCCAGCACUACCAAAGCCUGCGAAUCUACACACUUGCGAUUCAGGCGGUUGCCGUUUCCAGAGCGAAAGCGCAUCAUGUUGUCGGAACAGGAGGCGGCGGUGUACGAUCGGCAGAUCAGGGUGUGGGGAGUGGAGGCCCAGCAGAGGAUCGGCUCUGCUCGUCUGCUGGUGAUCGGCAUGUCGGCGGUGAUGGCAGAGACGUGCAAGAACCUGGUGCUAGCGGGGGUGGGCUCGCUCACUCUUCUGGACGCCGGCCUGCCUCCCACCCAGGCAGACCUCGACUCCAACUUCCUCCUCCGCUUCUCCUCUGCUGUUCCGCCCGCAACAGCCGCAGCUGCAGGCGCAGCACAGGUGGCAGCAGGAGGAGAUGCAGCAGCAGCAGGAGGAGAUGCAGCAGCAGCAGGAGGGGAUGGGGAGGGGGGAGAGAGGGAUGGCAUGUCGGUGGCUCAGGCGUGUGCGAAAGCUCUGCAGGACUUCAACCCGUUUGUGACCGUCAAGACGGUGCCAGGCAGUCUGGAGGCCAUGGCAGCAUCGCCCCUGAAGUCGCUAGACCUUCCCAUGGAUGACAUCGACGCAGUUCUCCUCGCACGCUGCGACCAGCACAUGCAGGAGCGAGUGGACGCGGCAUGCAGAGCGAGGCAGCCCGCCCCAGUUGCCUUCUUCUACAUGGCUGUGCGGGGCCCGUGCGGCCGCAUCAUUGCCGACCUAUCUGAGCACGACUGCAUGUAUCAGAAGGUGGAAGAGCACAUCGCCCUGCACAUCUCCUACCCGCCACUCAAGGAGGUGGUUUCGACUCCAUGGUCCAAGCUACCCAAGUACACACCACCAUCUCACUUUGCGUUUCAAGCCAUGGAGGACUAUGAAGCACGGGAGAAGCGGCCAGUGGGGCAGCCGUACGACGAGGCGAGUGUGGAGGGGGUGCUCGCACUGGCACAGGACAAGGGCCAGGGCUCGCCUGCGUGCCAUCGUCUGCAGGAGCCCCACGUGCAGCGCCUCAUUCGCCUCAUGGCUGCGGCAGGCGCCUCUGAGCUGCCGGCUGUGGCUGCCAUAGUGGGGGGCAUCGCCGCUCAGGAGGUGGUGAGGGCCAUAUCGCGCAAGGGACAGCCCAUGAACAACCUCUUCCACUUCGACUCACUCUCACUCAACGGGGUCAUCUCUCAAGUGCCCCCUGCUCCAUCGCCUUCCACCGCUGCUGCUACUGUUGUUGAUGCACCUGCUGCCAAUGCGGUUGAAGAAGUCAUGUGAAACCCACCUAUGACUUUUUUUCUGUUCACCCCUUCCUAGGCUCCUCAAUGGUAUGGCAUAGCGUCUGCUGAAAAGCGAGUGGAUUUUCCAGGGCUCUGAAAAGAUUUUUGUCUUGAUUGGCUAGUGCAGGCUUCCAACUGGUAGCAUGCGACCCUAAUGGCUAUGUAGUAACAAUAAUAAUA